AUGCUCUCCAGCCUGGGGUGUCUGCUUCUCUGUGGAAGUAUUGCACUUGCUCUGGGAAAUGCACAGAAAUUGCCAAAAGGUAAAAGGCCAGGCCUGAAAGUGCACAUCAACACCACCAGCGACUCCAUCCUCCUGAAGUUCCUGCGUCCAAAUCCAAACACCAAGCUGGAAGGUUUUCUCCUGGGAUAUGGCAGCAAUGUGUCUCCAAACCAGUACUUCCCUCUUCCCACAGAAGGAAAAUUCACGGAGGCUGUAGUCGAUGCAGAGCCGAAGUAUCUGAUAGUCGUGAGACCUGCUCCGCCUCCCAGCCAGAAGAAGUCGUGUUCAGGUAAAUCUCGCCCUCGCAAACCUCUCCAGCUGGUGGUUGGUACAUUGACACCAAGCUCGGUCUUCCUAUCCUGGGGUUUCCUCAUCAAUCCGCACCAUGACUGGACACUGCCAAGUCACUGUCCCAGUGACAGACUUUAUACAAUUCGAUAUAGAGAAAAAGAUAAAGAAAAGAAAUGGAUUUUUCAACUCUGUCCAGCUACUGAAACAAUUGUGGAAAAUCUAAAGCCCAACACGGUUUAUGAAUUUGGUGUGAAAGACAAUAUAGAAGGUGGAAUUUGGAGUAAGAUUUUCAAUCAUAAGACUAUUGUUGGAAGUAAAAACAAAGUAAAUGGGAAAAUCCAGAGCACUUAUGACCAGGUCCACACAGUGCCAGCAUAUGUCCCAAGGAAGCUAAUCCCAAUAACAAUCAUCAAGCAAGUGAUUCAGAAUGUCACCCAUAGGGCUUCAACCAAAUCCCCAGACAAGACUCCUUUUGGAGGAACAAUACUAGUUCAUCUUAUCAUUCCGGGUCUUAACGAGACCACUGUAAAACUUCCCACAUCCAUAAUGCUUGAGAUUUCAGAUGCUCUCAAGGCACAAUUAGCUAAGAACGAAACACUGGCACUGCCGGCAGAAUCUAAAACGCCAGAGGUUGAGAAAGUGACUGCCCAGCCAGUAACAGUGACUCCGGAAACAGUUUCAAGAAGCACCAAGCCCACACUGUCUAGCGCAUCAGACACCGCAGAGACGGCACUAGUCGUCAGGCAGAAGACUCCAGAAACAGCACACUCCGUUCUAAUGCCUGAGUUUGAAUCACCUUUGAGCACUCUAGCUCCAAAAAGGUUCCCAGAGUUUCCCGAGGCAAAAACAGCCUUCCCUUUGGAGAAACCUGGGGGUACCUUGGCAUCAAGUGAAGAGCCGUGGGUGGCACCCGGAGCUAACGUACCUGAAGAUUCCAGAGUUGGACAGCCUCGGACUGCAACCUAUGAUGUUAUCUCAAGCUCAACAACUUCAGAUGAGACUGAAAUAGAGCCCCGCCCAGCAACAAGUGAUCCUAUUCUGGACUCUGUCCCACCUAAAACAUCUAGAACUCCUGAACAGCCAAGGGCAACACUGGCUCCAAGCCAAGCAUCAUUUGAUUCACAAGGUGUGGAAAUCUUCACCAGUCCUGAAGUGCGGCCUACAACAGCUGCUCCCCAGCAAACUACGUCUAUCCCUUCCACACCCAAACGACAACCCAGACCCAAAGUCAAGCCUGCCCCAGACCUGGAGAUUCGGCCAUCUGCACAGUCAACAAAGGCUCCAAAAAAGACCAAACGACCAGGUCACCACCGCCCCCGUCCUAAAUCCACACGUGGUCCAGAAGUACGGGAGUCCAAACCUGUUCCCAAACCACCCCAGAGGCCUACAGAUACACGCAGGCCAGAGGUACCCCAAAUCCAGCCUGCUCCCAGGCAAACACCCGGCAUACCUCCCAGGCUCAGAACAACACCACGCCCAAGAACCUCAGCAAAACUGCCAGUUCCUAAGGAACCCCAGCAUACUCCUUCAAAACCCCAAAUGCCACCAAGCCCCGAAGUGGCAGACACCACACCUGUUCCAAAAGGUGAACAACUUUCCCAUAAAGCAGACCUCGAGGUCUCUCACAGUGAAACUGUUCUGCCUCCUGUCACCUUUAGAGUUGAGCCACCAAAGACAACAAUAGCACCUUUAGAGACACAGGACAUCCCUCUCAUACCUGUGAUUUCACCAAGACCUAGUCAAGAGGAGCUACAAACUGUCCAGGAAGAAACAGACCAGUCUACCCAAGAGCUCUUCACAACGAAGAUUCCACGAACGACUGAAUUGCCAAAGACAACUCGGGCCCCACACAGACUGCACACGACUCCUGUGAGGCCCAGAAUACCUGACAGACCACAUGCCAGGCCUGUUCUCAACAAAACAACUAUAAGACCUGAUAAAACCAAACCUAGAAGGCCAGCCAAUGGAAAUGGAGUGGGAACAGGAACCAAGCAAGCACCUAAGCCAUCAAGUACUGGGAGAAACAUGACAGUGAGCUCACAUGCCACAAAAAAAACAGCCACAAUCUCAGGGACUCGUCGCCCACCCAUGCCACCUAGACCUAAGCCCCCUAGACCUACGCCUCCACAGAGAAAACCCUUACCACCGAAUAAUGUCACUGGAAAGCCAGGAAGUGCAGGAAUCAUUUCCUCAGGGCGAAUAACUUCCCCACCCCUGAAGGCAACACUCAAGCCUAUUGGAACAGCCACAGAGAGACCAGAGGCAGAAAAAAAGCAACCAACUGCUCCUGCUUCUGAGGAAGAAUUUGGUAAUACAACUGAUUUUAGUUCAAGCCCAACCAAAGAAACUGACCACCUUGGGAAGCCCAGAUUCGUAGGUCCUCAUGUACGAUAUAUCCCGAAGCCUGACAACAGGCCCUGUUCUAUCACUGACUCUGUCAGACGGUUCCCUACAGAGGAAGCCCUAGAGGGGAAUGCUACCAGCCCACCACAGAAUCCACCCACCAACCUCACUGUGGUCACUGUGGAAGGCUGCCCCUCAUUUGUCAUCUUGGACUGGGAAAAGCCAUUAAAUGACACUGUCACUGAAUAUGAAGUCAUAUCCAGAGAAAAUGGGUCAUUCAGUGGGAAGAACAAGUCCAUUCAAAUUACCAAUCAAACCUUUUCUACAGUAGAAAAUCUAAAACCGGAUACAAGCUAUGAAUUCCAGGUGAAACCCAAAAAUCCACUUGGUGAGGGCCCUGCCAGUAACACAGUGGCAUUCAGUACUGAAUCAGCUGACCCAAGAGUGAGUGAGCCAAUUUCUGCAGGAAGAGAUGCCAUCUGGACCGAAAGACCCUUUAAUUCAGACACUUACUCAGAAUGUAAAGGCAAACAAUAUGUUAAAAGGACAUGGUAUAAAAAAUUUGUCGGAGUGCAACUAUGCAACUCUCUCAGAUACAAGAUUUAUUUGAGUGACUCCCUCACAGGCAAGUUUUACAACAUAGGAGAUCAGAGGGGCCACGGAGAAGAUCACUGCCAGUUUGUGGAUUCAUUUUUAGAUGGUCGCACAGGACAGCAACUCACCUCUGACCAGUUACCCACCAAAGAAGGCUAUUUCAGAGCUGUUCGUCAGGAACCUGUCCAAUUUGGAGAAAUAGGUGGUCAUACCCAAAUCAAUUAUGUCCAGUGGUAUGAAUGUGGGACCACAAUACCUGGAAAAUGGUAGAUGCAGCAAAAUUAUUUCCAAAGUACUUCUGGUUUGUUAUCACAAAAAGAAACAAAAAAAGGAACCCAUUGGAAAUACUACGUUUGUCACAUCUACUCAAAGCUAUUUUGUUUACUAUGUAUAAAAGUUUGUAAUCUAACUGAUAGCAGUACUAAAUGUUUAUUAUUAGAAAAGAUUACGGAGAAUAUUUAUCAAGGUUUACAAAGUCAUUUUAAAAAAACAAAAUAUUAACAUUAAUAGAUUAACAUUGUUAGGGAAGCUGGCUCCCUACUCAUGAUAUUUUAAGAGAUCAUUUGUAUAUUAUUUAUCAUACUGUUGUAAUGUUUUC